CACCCUUGGAAUCAGACUCAGAACUAUCACACUAUCAAUACCGAAACAAAACGAAUUAAUCCAAGUGCAGUACAGCUCAUAGCUCUCAUUAAACUCCCAGUUCACACACCUAAAGAAGUUAAUCCAGAUCUUAAAGAUCAGGUUACAGAAUGGUGCAUUUCAGGGUUGGAGUUGCGUCAGACCUCCUUGGAUCUUUAAAAAUGCGAUUUCAGAAAGCAUUUCAAAUCCAUCCUGAACUACCAAUUCAACGCUUUUUCCACUGAGAGAUCGCAGGUUGAGAGGAUGGCAGCAUGGGUGUGUUGCUCGCUGAUUGCUGUUUUAUUGUGUCUUGCCAAAGGACCUGUCACAGGAGCCGUUGAUUUGGAAAAAGUGUUACCAUCAGAAAAGCCAGGAUCAUGUCCAAAACCCCUUGGACCAGGACUGUGUGCUGAGAUGUGUUCUGGUGACAGUAGCUGUCCAAACAACCAGAAAUGCUGCAGCAAUGGAUGUGGACAUCAGUGUAUGGCUCCAUAUAAAGAAAAGCCAGGAGUGUGUCCAAAAACAACUCCCAGAAUAAAAGGUGUUUGCGCUGAGUUGUGUUCUCAUGAUGGUGACUGUCCAAAUGAUGAGAAAUGCUGCAGCAAUGGAUGUGGACAUCAGUGUACGGCUCUACCUAAAGAAAAGCCAGGAGUGUGUCCAAUGACUUUGGCUGGAUUAAGAGGACCGUGUGAAGCGUUGUGUGCCAGUGACUUUGACUGUCCGAAAAAUGAGAAGUGCUGCAGCUCUAUAUGUGGAGGAAGUUUAUGUACACCUGCAUUUUAAGACAGAAGUCUUGCCCAACCAUUUGUGGACAUGCAUGCAGAUAUCUUUCCAAUUUAUCCACUGGGAAAAAUCUUUGAUUGUCUUUCCUUGAAGUCCUUGAUUGUAAGGUUCUGUGUGUGUGUGUGUGCAUUGUUGUUGUUGAAUGUAAAUCUUUGUUCUUUUCGUCACACUAAUGAAAAUGAUGUUGGGAUAUUUUUUUUUCUUCUUUUGCCUACGGAAUCUGUUUGUACUAACAAUUUCAUGAUUUGUGUUAUAUCUGAGCAAUGAUUAUAUCAUAAUUGCUUUUGUGGUUUUUCAUGUUGUAAACCUUAAUGCCUAAUAAAUUCGGUUUUACCCUAAACAUUACUGAGAAUGAAUGG